AUGUCCUCCUCUCCUCUUUUAAAAUCUUUUGACGACGAUGAAUCCAUAUCCUCUUCAUCUGAAAAGAUCCAUGUCGAAGAAUAUCUGAACGAGCCUUACAAAAACAUGCCUCGACGAUCACAAGAUCUUGUACCUGAUCUCGACGACCCCAGGAUAUACCUUGCUGCCCUCAUUCCCCCAGAGGAAGAUGCACAUCCUGACCAUAUGGGAGAUUUCGUGUUCACGUAUUUGAUAUGUAAACAAGGCGUCAAGGAGGAUCUCGCACGAAAACUCGCAAACCAAUCUUAUUUGGGAGCUCUCGCUCUGGCAGAUGGCGAUCUUACGUCAUUUGAUAAGAUGUUUCCUUCUCAUACAAAUGUGAUGACGGCGUUCCGUGGAAACGUUCAACGUCAUAUACGAUUGUAUAACGAGGUAAGAAAAUAG